GACCCUCCCCUCCCCUCCAGCCCGGCUCACCUGGCUCAGUGGCCCUGCUGGCCCCGGUCUUCAGAGGGCUGCCCUGACAGACGUACAGUCACGCUGAGGGUCUUCUGCCGCGCCGAGCAUGGAAGAGUUGGCCCGGGAGAGCAUCAGUCUGCUGGCUUCAGCCUCGGCCAAGCCGCAGCUGGACGCGGGUCCCCGGCUGGGCUCCAUGGGGGCCGUCUUUAUCAUGCUGAAAUCCGCUCUGGGCGCCGGGCUACUGAACUUCCCCUGGGCGUUCGAGAGAGCAGGGGGCGUCCGCAGCGCGGUCACCGUGGAGCUGAUCUCUCUUGUGUUCCUGAUCAGUGGCCUGAUCAUUCUGGGCUACGCCUCGUCCAUCAGUGGCCAGCACACCUACCAGGCGGUGGUGAAGGAGCUGUGUGGCACGGCCAUUGGUGAACUGUGUGAGAUCUGCUUCGUCUUCAGCCUUUUCAUGAUCUCUGUGGCCUUUCUCGUCAUCGUGAAUGACCAGCUGGAAAAGUUGUGUGACACUCUGUACGAGCUGGUGACUGCUAUGCCAAAAUCAGAGAUGCCCUAUCACUUCUACACCGACCAUCGAUUUGCCCUGGUUCUGCUCUGUGUCUUCCUCAUCAUGCCAUUGUCCAUCUCCAAAGCUAUCAGCAUCCAGAAAUACACCAGUGUUCUGGGUACUUUGGCUGCAACCUACCUUACCGUAGCCAUAAUCAUCAAGUACUUCACCAUGCCUGCGGCUCCAGAUCACAAAACUCCUCUCUACUCCAGUGGAAUCAAUUCCUGGGCAUCCAUGUUCAGCGUGAUCCCUACAAUCUGCUUUGGUUUCCAGUGCCAUGAGGCAUCCAUCGCCAUCUACAGCAGCAUGGAGAACCAGCGGCUCUCUCAUUGGACCUUCAUCUCUGUGGUGUCAAUGAUCAUCUGCCUCAUCAUUUACUCCCUCACAGGGGUUUACGGAUACCUGACAUUUGGAAAGGCUGUGGAUCCGGAUAUUUUAAUGUCAUACUCCAGUCAUGACAAACUCAUGCUCAUUGCCAGGAUGCUAUUUGGGGUCUCCAUCAUCACCAUCUAUCCCAUCAUCGUGCUGCUGGGCAGAUCGGUGAUUCAGGACCCUCUCCUGAGCUGGAGGCGCAGACGGGGAGGGGUUUCGAUGUCAAAGUUUGAAAGUCGCAGCCGGUACCUUCUGACGGUCCUGUGGAUAACAACAACGCUGAUCAUCGCUGUGUUUGUACCAGAUAUCAGUAAGGUUAUCAGCGUCAUUGGAGGGAUCAGUGCCUUUUUCAUCUUUAUAUUCCCAGGGCUCUGUUUAAUGUUUGCUAUGCAAUCGGAGCCAGUAUCCCGCAAGACCAGAGUUGCCCUCACGAUUUGGGGAGUUGUGACCCUCAUCUGUGGAGCCUUCAUCUUUGGUCAGAGCAUCAGCAUCGCUGUAAUGGAGCUCCUUGGAAAGAUCUGACCUCCCUCUGAUGCCUCAGGGUACCUUCUAUGAAUAAGUUUGAACUGUUUCGCUGCUCUUGAGGUCAGUUAUCAACAACAAAAACUGAACACUGAGCGAAGAAACACACAUUUACAACUUCCGGAUUUCAUUGCAAUUGGGAUGCAGUCUUUAACACGGCAUCGCUGUUGAUUUGAUGCUUUGAUUUUUUUUUUUUUUCAAUUUAUGUGGAUUUUCUCAUUGUAGCUACACUGUGAUAAAAACUUUCUUCUAUUUCCAUGAUUGGGUGAAAUUGUAAAGCACUGGCUUGUCGAUGGUGUUGUUGGGCACGGUUUUUAUUCAUUAUAUUAAGAAGAGGUCCAAACUUCAGUUGCACCAAUUAAGCUUUUCUUAGCCAAUAGUGAUUCCCGAUUUAAGUCUGUCAUGCCAAUUUUCAUAUUUUUUUUUAAGAAUUAAGAGAAAAUGUGCAGCAGCUAUUUUGAAAGCAGCAGUCUAAUUGAAUCCUUUGGAAAAUAAAGGAAUUUCAGUCAUCCCUG